CAGGGACAUUAAAUCAAUAACAACUCACAGCUAAAUACGGAAAGAUAAAAACCGUCAAAAAUACAAAAGCACUCAGUAUGUUUUCAUACAAUGUGUAUCACAUAGUUCGUCCGAAAUAUCUGAUUAGAAUGAAUGAGGUCCACAACGAAAACUCACUGCUUUUGCCCAGGAUACAUGAGGAACCAUAUGGAAACAAUGAACGAGGCCAAAUUUUCUUAAUACCACAACGGUAUAUCCUGGGCAUAAUGGGAUUUUUGGCUGUGGUAAAUGCUUAUACCAUGAGGGUAACUCUUUCAGUGGCCAUUACCGAAAUGGUAGCACCCAUUAUACACAAUGCAUCUUACAAGGAUGAAACAUGCACAGCUGAACUGAACAUAAAUCACUCAACGCCAAUAGUGCAUAACAACAAUUUGUACCACUGGACGAGCACCCAGCAAGGUUUAAUAUUGAGUUCCUUCUACUGGGGUUAUGUUAUAACGCAUAUACCAGGUGGAAUAAUAGCGGAAAAAUUCGGUGGAAAAUAUGCACUGGGUCUUGGUAUAUUAUGCACAGCCAUCUUUACUUUUCUGACGCCUUUAGUAAUUUAUCUUACCGAUGGAAAUUGGAUUUGGCUUGUUGCAGUGAGAGUUAUAGAAGGAUUGGGAGAAGGUACCACUUUCCCUGCUCUAACCACCCUACUUGCUAGCUGGGUACCAUUGAGCGAAAGAUCUAAAAUAGGUACGCUAGUGUACGCUGGAAGUCAAAUAGGAACUGUUGUUGGAAACUCUGUAUCAGGGGCUUUAAUAGCCUCAACGAACGACUGGGCUUCCGUUUUCUAUCUUUUUGGUGCCAUCAGUAUUAUAUGGGUGGUUUUAUGGUUCUUACUGUGUUAUUCGGACCCAGAAUCCCACCCAUUUAUAACAGAGGAAGAAAAGAAAUAUCUCAGUGAAGAAAUAGUAAACAUAUCCAGUGACAAAAAAGUAAUCCCUUGGAAGUCAAUAUUGACCUCAACACCCAUAUGGGCUUUAGUUUUAGCCCAAAUCGGUCACGAUUGGGGAUUUUUUACGAUGGUUACAGACUUGCCCAAGUACAUGAAGGACGUUCUGCAUUUCAACGUUAAAGAAAACGGUGUAUGGUCAUCUGUACCUUACAUUUUCAUGUGGAUCGUGUCCAUGAGUUCUGGAUGGCUGUGUGAUUUUUUGAUUGCAAAAGGAUGCAUGGGUCUUACAUUUGCAAGAAAAUUCUUUACAACAAUUGCAUCUAUGGGUCCAGCUCUUUUUAUCAUCCUCGCUUCUUACUCUGGAUGCGAUAGAUCGCUCGCUGUUACCAUGUUUACCUUGGCAAUGGGUUGUAUGGGUACAUUCUACUGUGGUAUGAAGGUAAACGCUCUGGAUUUAUCUCCAAACUAUGCUGGUGCUAUUAUGGCCAUAGUAAAUGGUAUUGGAGGUUUGACUGGAAUUAUAGUACCAUAUCUAGUUGGUGCUUUGACAGAAAACCACUCUUUGUUGGAAUGGAGAUUGGUAUUUUGGAUUACCUUUGGAGUAUUGUUCGCUUCCAACCUCGGUUUCAUCCUCUUUGGUAGCGGUGAGGUGCAAGCUUGGAACAAUUUGGAAGAAUCUGAAGAAUCUAAAAAAGGAGAUGUAGAACGACAAAAACAAAACGGCGAAAAAUGUUGAACAAAAAAUUUAAAUUAACUGCCAAAUAUGAUUUAACUUAAUUUAAUUAUUAUCCUAAAGACUGAACAAACAGUUUUUAUAUUGACCAAGUGAUAUGAUUUUUCUCAAAUAUUACUUAAAACAGUGAUAUUAUACUAUCUAGUGUAUAAGCUAGAUAUCAGUAGUUGUAAAUAGUAUUAUUUCUUUAUUAUAUUGUGUUUUUACAAUAUUUUAUUUAUUAUUAUGUAGCAUAAUAUUGAAAUAUAA